AUGGAUUUUGAAAAAAUAUCUUCGUUUACAAUUGAUCGACCAUCUACUGAUAAAGACAAUGCGGAUGAUAUUCCAAUAUGGUUACAUUUGACAAAUGAACAAUUUCAAGAAUUAUUUCGUAAAAUAUUUUCUUCAAUAUCAACAACAACCAUAUCCAUUGAAGAAUUACAACAAUUAGCAAUAACUAUGUAUCAAGAACGAAAACGUCUUCAUGAAAAACAACUUUGGUCGACAUUAUUGAAAACAAUCGAAAAUGGUUUACAUCGAUGGCCUACCAUGUUAAAACAAGUGAUUCUAUCUAUGAAUAUAGUUCGUAAUCAAUCAAUUGAAUAUUUUACCGAUGAAAUGUAUUCCAAUGUUGUUCAAAUUUAUUUACAAAAGCCUGCUAUUGAACAAAUUUUACAAUAUGAAACAAUUAUUGAAAAUAUCUUAGAAAAAUAUAUUGAAGAACAUUUUCAUUUAUUUGAUUAUGAUUAUGAUCAUGACGAUGAACAACUAGCCCAUGAAAUUCAACAACAACUACAAAGUCAUAAUUCAAAUCAAAUGGAAAUGAUUGAACAAAUGGUCAAUAGAAAAUAUGAAUUAGAAUUAUGGAGAGAAGAAAUUCAACAUUUGAAAAACUAUCAAAAAGAAAAUCAAUGGCCAUCAUCAUUUCGUUAUUUACAUGUGGGGAUACCAUCAUUUAUUGAAACUAUUACAGAUCAUAUUAUUCAACAACAAUUCAUUGAUCAACAUAAACAAAUACUUCAGGAUUAUAAACGUCAACUACUUCGAUUAUUGAUUACUAUGUCAGAUGAAAUUUAUUCAAAAAUACAAACUACAUUCAAUCAUGAUAUAUCUCUAUUCUGGAAUUAUCAACAUUCAUUACCUGUGAAAGAGCAAUUCUCUGAAACGAUAUUAAAUUUGAUUGAUCAACGUUUUAGUUUGAUGAUACGUAAAGUGCAUGCUAUUUAUUGUUAUUAUUAUCAUGAAAAAUAA